AUGUCUACUGCAGCACGUUACACAUCAUCUAGUGAUACUAAUAAUGACAAUCAUGCUGCUGACGUGUUGGUUAUAUACGUCAAUGGUAAAAAGUUCACAGAUCAUAAUGUGAGACCAGAAGUAACGUUACUGAACUACAUCAGGAGAAAACUUAAAUUGACAGGAAGUAAAUUGUCUUGUGGUGAAGGAGGAUGUGGAGCUUGUACUGUAAUGCUGUCAAAAUAUGACCACGUUGACAAGAAGAUAUCCCACAUUGCUAUUAAUUCGUGCUACACGCCUGUAUGCUCUGUACAUGGAAUGGCUAUCACAACAGUGGAAGGUGUUGGGUCAUCAAAGACAAAGUUACACCCGGUACAGGAACGACUUACUAAAUCCUAUGGAUUGCAGUGUGGGUUUUGUUCGCCAGGCAUGGUAAUGUCAAUGUAUACUCUGUUACGUAACAAUCCACAACCAACUUCCCUGGAUAUUGAAGGAUGUUUGAAAGGAAAUCUCUGUCGUUGUACGGGUUAUAGAUCAAUACUGGAGGGAUUCAAGUCAUUCAGUACACAGAGUUGCUGUGGAAACCCGACAACAUGCAGUAAGGAACAAGAUGGGGAUGGAACCAACAACAAUAUUCAUACUAAGACUGUGCGGUUUGUUGGGGAAUCUGUAGACUGGAUCCGACCUACCUCCUUAGAAGAACUUCUUAAAUUGAAGAAUGAAUCAACUGCAGCCAAAUUGGUGGUUGGCAAUGCUGAAGUUGGAUUUGAACCAAGACCAAAUAAUGUGAAAACUACUUUGAUAUCAGUAACACACGUACCAGAGUUAAACCAGAUUGAUAUCACAGAAUCUGGUAUCACAUUUGGUUCUUCUGUUACUUUGAAUCGUAUGUACGAUGUUCUCAAAAAGCAUGUGAACGUGUUGGCAGAACGCAGAAUGGAUGUCUUUAUAUCAUUGUUGGAUAUGUUAGAACUCGCAGGUGACCAGCAAAUGAGGAAUGUAGCUGGAAUCGGUAGUCAUAUAAUGAGUGCCAGCCCGCUAUCAGAUAUUACACCAAUGUUGAUGGCUGCUGGAACGACUGUCAUUGUUGCGUCUUUUAAUGGUGGCGACAGGAGCUUACCUCUGGAUAAUAGCUUCUUUGUGGAAUUCAGGAAAACGUGUCUAGAAGCUGAUGAAAUUCUAAUUAAUUUGACAAUUCCAUCAACGAAAGAGAAUGAAUAUUUCGCUGGAUACAAAGUAAGAAAUCAAGUACAUCGUCGAGACAGAGACGUUUCUAUGAUUAGUGCUGGCAUGAAAGUUGUGUUUGAAGACAGCAGCAAUGUCAUCAAGAAUAUUAAUCUAUGCUUUGGUGGAACAGGACCAACUGUGGUUAUGGCAACAUCAAUUAUGGAGAAAAUUCUAGGAAGGAAAUGGGAUGAAGGUCUUCUUAAUGAUGUUCAACGCAUGUUGGUAGAAAUGCUGCAGCUGUCUACACAUGGAGGUUUUGUAGAAUAUCGAAAAUGUAUGCUGCAGAGUUUCUUCUACAAAUUUUAUCUGAAUGUUCAUAAUGUACUAAAUCAGCAACUGACUGACAAAUCAGCACUUGUUCCAAUCGAAAUGCCGCCCACUGACAGCAUCCAACUUUUUCAGAAUGUACCUAGAUUACAGUCUAAAGCCGAUCCUGUGGGACGACCAAUCAUGAAUGAAUCAAGUUUACAGUUAACCACUGGGGAAGCUAUCUUUUUAGAUGACAUAAAACCAGAAGAAGGUGAAUUGCACUUUGCCCUUGUAACAAGUAAACAUGCAAAUGCGAAAAUAAAAUCGAUCGAUGCAUCAGAGGCCACCACACUGGAAGGUGUACACUGCUUUGUUGGAGCUGAUGAUGUACCUGGUAAAAACAGGUGGAAUGAAACUGAUCCAAAUGAAGUUAUAUUCGCAUCAGAAGAGGUAUUAUACGUUGGUCAAGUGAUUGGCGGUGUUGUUGCUGAUACAACGGAAUUGGCUCGUAAAGCAGCUAAGUUAGUAAAAAUAGAGUAUGAAGUACUAGACACCAUUCUUACAAUUGAGGAGGCCAUUGAACAAGACUCUUACCUACAGCCAUUUCGCCAUUUAGAAGAAGGAGACGUAAAGGGCGAACUGGCGAAGUCAGAUCAUGUGAUCGAAGGCGAGAUUCGUAUUGGUGGUCAGUGUCAUUACUAUAUGGAAACACAGUGCUGUAUUGCACAGCCAAAGGAACUCAAUGAAAUGGUAAUAAUUGUGUCAUCCCAAGACAUGUCUUCUACACAGAGAUGUGUGGCGGCAGCUCUGAGUAUACCCGCAAACAAAGUCACAUGUAAGAUUAGGCGUGUUGGAGGAGCAUUCGGUGGUAAAAUCACACGCCCACUUCAAUUUGCUAUGACGUGUGCCGUUGCUGCAAAAAAAACUGGUAAACCAACUCGUCUAAUCGUUGGGCGUGAUUUAGAUAUGCAAAUUGUUGGUAAGCGAGAACCGAUAUUGGCCAGGUAUAAUGUUGGUUUCAGUAAAACUGGAAGACUUUGUGCACUUCAAUGUUCACUAUAUCUAAAUGCUGGAUUCGGUUACGACAUUUCAAUUAAUACUAUGGAAAAAAUGUUGAUUCAGCUGCAGAAUGCAUAUAACAUACCUGCCUAUGCAAUAUCUGGAAGAGCUUGUAAAACAAAUAUGGCAUCGAACACUGUAAUGCGAUCACCUGGAUUUGUGCAGGCAACGCCAGUGAUAGAAACUAUCAUGGACCUGGUGGCUAAAACAUGUGGUGUUCCUUCUGUAGAGGUUCGAGAGAUGAAUAUGCAUAAGGAAGGUGAAAGUAAUCACUUUUAUCAAGAAGUCCCUGAUAUUGGUAAUUUAACAAGAUGUUGGAAUGAGUGUAUUGUAAAAAGUGAUUAUCAUAAAAGAUUAGAAAAAAACAGUUAUUUUAAUAGUACAAAUCGCUGGAAGAAACGAGGAGUGUCAAUAGUUCCUGUCAAUUCCUAUAAUGGUAAAGCUAUUAACAUAUGUAAUCAGGGCGCUGCAUUGGUGCAUAUAUAUCUGGAUGGUUCAGUGUUACUUACCCAUGGUGGUAUAGAGAUGGGUCAAGGGUUACAUACCAAGACGAUACAGAUCGCAAGUCGUGUUCUACGUAUACCCUCUGAACGUAUUCAUAUCAAUGAGACCAGUACGGAUAAGGUGCCUAACACGGUUGCAACUGCUGGCUCCACGGGAACAGAACUAUAUGGGAAUGCUGUUAAGAUUGCCUGUGAGACUUUGAUGACAAGACUGGACCCAUUUAUUCACGAAAAUCCCAAUGGUUCCUGGGAGGAUUGGACAAUUUUAAGUUAUCCAAUACCAGAUGACAUAAUGCUCAAUUGGGACGAUUACAAAUCUUCCCGCACAUCGUACAAUCAUACGUAUGGGGCAGCUUGUUGUGAAGUUGAAAUUGACUGCUUAACUGGCGAUCAUCAGAUAAGACGAGUUGACAUUGUUAUGGAUGUUGGACACAGUAUAAACCCUGCACAUGACAUUGGACAGAUUGAAGGAGCUUUCAUGCAAGGGUAUGGUUUAUUUGUUAUGGAAGAAUUACGAUAUUCACAAAGAGGCGAACUACUGACCAGGGGACCGGGAAUGUAUAAAAUACCAUGCGUCAGUGAUAUACCAAGACAAUUCAAUGUGCAUUUGUUGGAAGGAGCUACCUGUUCAAAGGGUAUAUAUUCGACUAAGGCUGUUGGAGAACCACCAUGUUUACUAGGAGUGUCUGUAUUGGUUGCCAUUAGACAUGCUAUAUCAUCAGCUAGAUCAGAUGCUGGUCUACAUGGCAGUUUCCAGCUAGACUGCCCAGCAACACCAGAAAGAAUCAGACUUGCUUGUAGUGACAACUUUCCAAAGGAUAGCCAAGAGAUCACUGGUAAUAAUGACUUCUUCAUAAGAGUCUAGAUGGAUAUUGUUCACAGGGGAUUUGGGGAUACGCUGUAUUCAAUGAAACUACACGAUCUAUAGCACCAAACCUUAUAUAGUAAUGUUCAUAGUGAUCAAAUUUCUGUAAAGAACUAUUAGCAGAAAUCAUGCAUGCAUAUCAUAUUGAGCACGGGUCACUACAGAUAUAGCAUAUCGCUUGUAUCACCCGCAAUGAUGAGGCAAAAUAUAGUAGUUACAAUGUAUACUGUUGUCGUCGUUAACACUUCUUGAGGCC